CUGCACCUCCAUGCUCCAGGUACCUACUUACAACAGUUCUGCUUGCUGGGUGUUCUGUUUUAAGUGUUUUGUGAGUGAUUGUUGCUGGUGAGGUGGAACAUGAGGUGGAGCACUGCAGUAGACCUAUGUUGCACCAGAAAGAUGUAUUGUCUACAGUGGCUGAUCCCUGUCCUCCUUAUCCCAAAACCAGUUCCUGCAGGUCUACUCCACAACCAUGUAGUGUUUAUGGUUCUCUAUUUGACGGGCUUCUUCUUGGAGCGGAAACCAUGUACCAUAUGUUCCCUUGUCUUCUUAGCCGCGGUAACUGUGCUGUGUUACUCAGGGAUUGGCAAUUGUCUCUUGUGGCCAACAGCUGAUUGUCAAGGUGAAGGUAGUGGAUCAAAUGAGCUGUGUGGCAGAGGUGGAUGACCAGUGAAGAUGUGGAAGGACAAGGAAUGUGAUGUAACUGCUGAAGGUGAUGGGAUCGUGGGUGAUUUUGAAAUUUGAUGAAUGUUAUGCCAACUAUGAUGCCUCAGUUGGGAAAGGUAUUAUACUUUGGAUUUUGAUGAUGAGCCAAUUUACUCUGAUAUGUAAGUAUAAUAUGUACUGUAUUCCUUUUCUUAGGGGAAAUUCUUUUUCUGAUUUGAGACAUUGGUUGACAUUGGUUUUUGAGCUGUAAAGCUGACGAUCCAUAAGUGUAUUAGUAACCCAGUAUAAUUGGAAGAAUGUUGAAAAAUUUUGGUAGUCCAGUAUUUGUAUACUGUUUGUAUUUGUUCAGGACUAACAAUAUAGGUGUUUAAAUUUUUUUAAGAAAUUAUCUUGAACUGUGUGAUCAAAUUAAAAUUUAGCAACCAGGUAUUGAAAUUAUAUAUGAAUUGUAUAUAGGUGCCUUCAUAGUAUAUUGGACACAUUGGUUAAUUUGCUGGUUUCCUUUAAUUUUAAAUUACCUGUGUUCUUUUUUUUUCACUUCUGUAACAUAGAGCCUUGGUAUUUAGCUUGUUUGACCUUGUGUUUCACACUGAAAGUGGAAAUUAAGAUUAUGCUUAAUUUCUUGUCAGUUGUUUUGUGUUGUAGUUAUGAGUUCUGUUUUGUAUGUGAUGAUACUUAGCUAACCUAAAUUUGGUGAAGGACAUUGUCACAACUUUCCACUUGCAAUAUAUAUUCUGCUCUGCUCAAGCAUUAAGAAAUCUGUAAACUCUUAGCCAAAAUUAAACUUAUACUAAAUAACUUACGGUGUGAGGGAGGGAAGUUUCUCAAAAUUUGGAAGGGGAACAUACUGAAUGUUACCCUUUCCGUCUGUACACUCGCUCAGUUUUUUUUUUUUUUUUUCAGGUUAACUU